AGGAUUUUUGUGCGCAGAGUUGGGCUUCAUACAGACAACAGAACCGGAUGACACGCCGUGUUGUUUUCGUUGUCAGGUUCCACCUUCAGAGAUCAGGCUUCCCAUCUGGGCGUGUCGGCCGAUGUUCUCGGUGCAAGAGCCGCGCUCUCCAAUAUCCAACAGAUCUGCCAUAACCCUGCAAACAACAUGGCGGACGUAUUGCUCAGCCAAGACCAGCGAGACAGGAUGACGGCUUUCCUGAAGACGCUGAAAGUGCUGAUGGCAGAGAAUUGUUUCAGACGUUCCGUUUUCUUGAAGGAGAUCUGGGAACAACCACGCCCCCCGGUGUUGGAGGUUGUAUGGCACUUACACAGUAUGGACGUGGUGGGAAGA